UCUCUCUCUCUCUCUCUCUCUCUCUCUCUCUCUCUCUCAGCCGAGUAAAAGGAGCAGAGUAAAAGGAGCAGAGCAAAAGUCAAUACACAUACACACAACUAGCAAAGCAAAAUCAGCAAUGGCGUUGAGACUCCCCACUCAGCUGGCGACACGUGGCACAUUCCACCACCACCACAACAAUUCCAGAACUGCAACCACCACUGUGCUUUCAUGGCGGCGGACUCUAACGCCGGACGCUCUACCAAUCCCCUCCUCCACCUCUCUAACCACCAAGAAAUCGCAUGUGCAGCAAAUGGUGACUUGCAGUGCCAGUGGAAGUGCUCAGGCUGUGAAUUUGGCUCCGGGGACUCCCGUCAGGCCGACCAGCAUACUAGUCGUUGGCUCCACCGGAACUCUCGGGAGACAAAUCGUGAGACGCGCGCUCGACGAAGGGUACGACGUAAGGUGCCUUGUUCGGCCGAGACCUGCUCCUGCCGACUUCCUUCGUGACUGGGGUGCCACCGUUGUCAACGCAGACCUUAGUAAACCAGAGACAAUUCCUGCAACAUUGGUCGGCGUCCAUACGGUUAUCGAUUGUGCCACGGGCCGUCCGGAAGAGCCUAUCAAAACGGUAGAUUGGGAAGGAAAAGUUGCCCUUAUACAGUGUGCAAAAGCAAUGAGGAUUCAGAAAUAUGUGUUCUUUUCCAUUCACAAUUGUGAUAAGCAUCCCGAAGUUCCACUAAUGGAGAUCAAGUAUUGCACUGAAAAGUUCCUUCAGGACUCCGGCUUACCCCACAUCACGAUCCGGCUUUGCGGUUUCAUGCAAGGGCUUAUCGGCCAAUAUGCAGUGCCUAUACUGGAAGAGAAGUCCGUAUGGGGGACAGAUGCUCCGACUAGAAUUGCCUACAUGGACACACAGGAUAUUGCUCGAUUGACGUUUAUAGCUUUGCGCAACGAGAAAGUUAAUGGCAAGCUUCUCACAUUUGCUGGUCCUCGUGCUUGGACAACCCAAGAGGUGAUAGCAUUAUGCGAGAGGCUCGCAGGGCAAGAUGCAAACGUUACCACGGUUCCGGUUACCAUCUUAAGAUUCACACGACAGCUGACUCGGUUCUUCGAGUGGACUAAUGACGUUGCUGAUCGAUUGGCAUUUUCGGAGGUUCUUACGAGUGACACGGUUUUCUCGGCACCGAUGAUGGAGACGUACAAUCUUCUCGGUGUCGACUCGAAGGAUAUAGUUACACUGGAAAAGUAUCUGCAGGAUUACUUCACCAACAUUUUGAAGAAACUGAAAGACAUCAAAGCUCAAUCGAAACAAACCGACAUCAUAUUUUGAAAGGAAAAAACCUACAUGUAAGCAAAGAUACAAAGUCGGGGUAAAACUUUUGUUGAUGGUCUGACCUU